AUGGCCUCAGAAAAAGACUUGUGGGCUGAAAUUGCUGCCGGAGAGGGAAACGAUUACACUCCUCAAGAACCGGAGAUUGCAGUGGUUUAUCAAAGGCAAAGACGAACAAGUAGUAGAUGCCAAGCAGUGCCGUCAUGGGAAAGGAAGGAUUCAAUUUCCAAUCGGUUGAGUCUUGCUCCAGUUACACGAAUCAGUUGGAAUCGUUCGCUUUCUACCAGGGGAAGGACUAGCAUGACUGUUGAAUCAUUUCUGGAAUAUUUACCUCAACAAAGGAAAAAUAAAAAGAAAGCAAAGCCGCCUCUUCCAAAAGGAACUGAACCGAAGCCCAACUUUGAGAAGGAGAUUGCAUACUUCCAAGAAGUUGAUUCCUUUGAACUGAUGGAAGAAAGCCCCUCACCCAAGAAGCCUACUACAUGGAUCAUGGGUGUGACAUCUGAGAAGGCUGUUUUACCACACCUGUCAUCUGUGUUACAGAAAUGGCUAAUUGCUCAGAGGCGAGGUUGUGGUCUUCCUCCUUCUCUAUCACGGAUAUUGGAAACUCCAGCUACUCGUAAGAAAACUAUAGCUUCAAGUUAUCAAGCUUCUGGAGCAUUGUCAUUUCGCAUCCGCCCUAGCAUUCAUUCUGUUCCAAAUAGAAUUGACUUCAGUAAUGUGAGCGAAAUUGUCUCUGUGAAGAGUGUUUCAUUAGAUGAUCCUGGUAGGGGAUUUGGAGAGAUUGAUUGGGCUGUUGGAAAACUCUCCUUGGCCUCAAACCCAUCUUCACUGGAUGAUCAGAAUUGGGAUCCCCUUUUGGCUUUGUUGACAGCUUGUGGACAAUCAUCUCCUUCAACAUUUUUGGAUGUACUUUCAACUUACAGUGACAAGGAAGUAAUUAUAAAGGUUGGAGAAGGAACUUAUGGAGAGGCAUUCAAGGUGGGUAAGACUGUUUGCAAGAUUGUUCCUUUCAAUGGAGAAAUUCGAGUCAAUGGCGAACUCCAAAAGAGAGCGGAAGAGCUACUUGAGGAGGUUAUGCUUUCAUGUACCCUGAAUCAGUUAAGGAGUUGUGAGAAUCAUGUCCUCAAUGCAUGUACUUCUUUCAUCCAAACCUUAGAUUUACGAGUGUGCCAAGGUCAUUAUGAUGCGGCUUUAAUAAGAGCAUGGGAAGACUGGGAUGAAAAGCAUGGUUCAGAGAAUGAUCAUCCUAAACAGUUUCCUCAAAACCAGUGCUAUAUUGUAUUUGUUCAAGAACAUGGAGGUCAAGAUCUUGAAAGUUUCGUUCUUCUGAACUUUGAUGAGGCUCGUAGUUUAUUGGUUCAGGUGACUCUUGCAUUGGCUGUCGCUGAAGCUGCCUAUGAAUUUGAACACCGAGAUCUACACUGGGGAAACAUUCUCUUAAAUCGGAAGGGUUCAGAAAUGCUUUCUUUCACGCUUGAGGGAAAAAAUUUGGAUGUCAGGACACAUGGGUUGUCAGUUUCGAUAAUCGAUUUUACCCUUUCGAGGAUUAACACAGGUGAAGACAUACUUUUCCUGGAUCUUUCAUCAGACCCUGAAAUAUUCGAAGGCCCUAAAGGAGACAAGCAAUUUGAAACAUAUCGGAAGAUGAGAGAUGUUACUGAUGAAUGCUGGGAGGGAAGUUUCCCAAAGACAAAUGUUCUGUGGUUGCAGUACUUGGUUGACAUGUUGUUAUUAAAGAAAUCAUAUGAUCGAUCAUCUAAGAAUGAAAGAGAUUUACGGUCACUAAAGAAGCGUCUGAAUAGCUACGAAAGUGCGAAAGAUGCAGCAGAAGAUCCAUUUUUCAGUGACCUAAUUAUACAGAAAGGAAUAUUCAACUCUUUCCAGCAUUUGGGUAUCAAUCAGAUUGGUAGAGGAAAAAAUGUCCUCCACUCCUCAGAAACAUGGAGAUUGAUAUCAGAGGAUGAAUCGCGACAAAGCGAGUCGCGAUUCCCUCGCUGA